UUUAUAGAGGGGUGCGGGGUUGGGUGGGUUUGUCGACGAAGUUCGUUGUUGCAGCAAGGUAGGCUGGGCAGGGCAGGCUGAGCCGUGCGUGCGGUUGAGUGAUGGAGCGACAGGUCAGUCUGCAAGCCACAGGUGGUCAGCAAGCAUGCGAGACGAAGCAAGUCACGUUGCUUUGUGUAUGGUUUGACGCCGUACAAGCGCUGGGCCAACUCACGCUAGUCGCUGGCCUCGCGGCGAAGCAAGAUCAGGUUGUUAUGAAGUACAGCCGGGUGAGGACAGUGUUGGAACGGGCGAGAGUUGUAGUGUUGUGCAAGGUGAGCAGUGCAGAUGAGAGUUUUGCUGUUGUUCGGAGAAGAUCCGAAGGCAACGUGGAGAUGCCGGAUGCGCGAACGUUUGAAGGAGGGGGACGACUUGUGAACGAGGGGACGAGGGAACGAGGGGACGUUGGAGGCAGGCCCGAUGACGAAACCACGUUGUGGCUAAUGAUUAAUACCUACGGGGAGGGCAGAGAUGUGUUUGUGGCGGUAUUAUUGCCAGCUGAGAUGGGAUGGCUCGAACAAUGUUGAGAGAAGAUAUAUAUGCAUAAAUAUAUAGAUAUUUGUUGGGCAAAAGGGUUCCCUGUCAAGUAUGAUAGCCAGGUCAGAGUUAAUAAGGGGAGCAAACGGGUCAUGCAGCAACAGCAGCAACCCAUUGAUUCAUUCAUUCAUCCUCGGGCGCAACCAGGGUGUGGAGACCACAAUGGACUUAAGGGCCGCCAGGGGAGGGGUACCGUGAGUUGACAGACCUAGUUCGGUAUUAGGUUCUCAUUGCUGACGCCUAGGCCU